GUUCAGGUAUUCCCACCUGAAAUGUUUUUAAGAUAUAGAUGCCCGAACACAGCCACCAGUAGUUCUUGAGGUUUGGUGAAGUGCACUUGCAGUUUUUCAGAAAUAUAUCAAUUCAGGGAAAAAAAUGUUGCGAAUACCAACGCUUCUGCUUGCAGUUUGCUGCAUGGCACAUGCAGGAGAAAGUCCCAUCACUUUCGGAGAAGGCGGAGUUGGUGUAAGUUUCCUCGGUUUCAGCGCCAAAGCUGGAAUAGGCAGUGAUGGUAAACUCCAUGCAGGUGCAGGAACCCCAUGGGGUGCUCAAGCCGCAGCUGGAAUCGAAGGAUCAGCCAGUGAGGAAAGCAGUGGUGGCCUUUAUGCAGGUGCAACAGCUGGGGGUGGAGUUUCAGCUGGAGCUAGUUUAGAAGGAGGCAUUUCUAAAGGAGGUAGUUUUGGAAGUUCUUAUGCGGGAGCAUCAUAUGGAGGAAAAACAGUCGAAGUUGUGAAAGAGAAGGAAAUUGUUGCUUCUGGGGGAAUUUCAGCCGAGUACAAAUCGCACUACGCUGCUCCAGUCACCAAACACGUCCAAGUAAUCCAGAAGCCUGUUGAAGUGGGAGUUGUUCAUGAAACAGUAGCAGUACAUCAACCGCAUCCACCUCCAGAGGUGAAGCCAGUCACAACUGUUAUCCAGAAAACUGUGAUUCCGAACUACGAGAAAAAAAUAAUAAAGGUUCCAUCGUAUGAGGAAAAAGUCGUUAGAGUACCCACAGUGGUGGAGAAGGAAGUUUGGGUACCUGCCGCACCUACGAUCAUAGAAAAAGAGGUUCAAGUGCAGCACCAACCACCUCCACCACCACCUGUUGUACAAACAGUUGAAACUGUACCUGUUUUCUACAAAACCAAAUACCGCAAGCGUCCCUUCUUGAGGAAACAUUUCUCAUUUGGUGGAGGUUAUGCUGGUGGUUACAGUGGUGGAUAUUCUGGAGGUUAUUCAGGGGGUUAUGGGGGUGACUAUGCCACCAUCGGAGAAGGUGGUGCUUCAGGUGGAGCAACUUACACUGCCAGUGUAUCGAAGACUGCAAAUCCACAGUUUUUCAGUGAUAUUAUAAAUAUUCCCGUUUCUACUCUUGGAGCUGUGAACAAAUUCCUGACUAAUGCUGCUUCAGGAGCCAGUGCAGGUGGAUCUCUUGGAUUUUCCAAAUCCAUCAGUGUAUCCAAAUCAGUUGGAGGAGGUGGAUACGCUUCCAGCUAUCACUGAUCAUUUUACAAUUUUGGAUGACUCGAUACUUUGUUCGUAUUCCGAAAAUAUAAAGAAGUCUAACAUAUCUAUUGUUUGUUUUGAAAGAACUUGAAUUUCUUCUUACUCAAAUACAAGUUGCUAUGAGUUUUUCACACUUCCUGACAGUGUAUUGUUGUAUUGUUUUCUAUUUUUUGAUGACGUAUUACAAAAUAAAUGAUUUUUGCAAUAA